UGAGUGUGAAAAGUUGUCGUGUUUGUCGGACAGUUUCAUGAAAGCCAGACACGCUAGAAAUUCACAGUGUUUUGCAAGAGGUAAGACUAAUGUUCAGCUUCAGGAAGUUGUGUUUCCCUAGUGACAUAUCCACUUUAUGACCUAUGUAAAACCAACAACCUAGAGUUUAUCUUUUCACGUUAGAGCGAAGUCGAUCUGCCGCUUCCCGCCCCUGCAGCGUUCCUUUGUAGUUGUGGGUGUUUCCCGUAGUUGCCCGUAACAGGUCACAUACUAAAGCACAUUGAGAUACCUCUCUAUUUGUAUAUUUUUGUACUCUAGAGAUCGGAAUUCUCCAAAAGAGCAGAGUGUGAUGUGUCUUUAGAUAUUGUUCCUGUUCCUCAUUGUGUUCUUGACCGGGCUGAACUACAAGAAGAGGCUGGAAGAUGUAUUGGUUCGUUGCUGUCUCUCACAGCAUCUCCAGCCCUUUCCAGUGUGAGUCUUAUGGCUUGUAUUAGCUGCCUCACAAAUAUCGCCCGCCAAAGACCGUCAAAUAUGUCUACAGUCAUCCAAACCUUUGAGCUACUUCAUGCGAACCUGCCUCCACACUUUGCCACUUCUCAAGUUACAAGUGUCCGGAAACAACUCAAGACACAGGUCCUCAGCCUUCUUAGACAUCCUUCAUCUGUGGAAAGCAAAGAACAGAUAACAACCCUUUUGACUGAUCUUGGAUGUAGCCAAGCUGAGAUAUUAAAGAAUUCUCCAAAAUUGAAGAGAACAAGAACUGACAGUGAUAUUUUCAUUCCUGGAAAAAGAAUAAAGCCUGAUGCAGUUGGGAGUUUACAGUUUGAAGAAUCUCAAGACUCUAGAACGGGAUACAGCAAUAUUGAAGCUGUAGAAAUGACAGCAGCAGAUUUAAAGUCACAUCUGACACCUGACGCAGUUACAGAUUUGGUAAUGGCAAGUAUAAAAAGUCUUCCUCUUCUUAUGCCUAAAACAUUUCGGAACUCGUACACACCUAUUGCUGCUGCUGGUACAGACGCACAGGUUUCUCAUCUAACAAGAUUGUUAGCGUCACAAAUGACAGUAGCUGGAAUUGGUACAGGAGCAAAGGCAAGAAAUUUUCAUCCUCCACCAAAGGUUUCUGAUACACCUACUGAUACACCUCCAUUACCUGAGUCUCAGAGUAGAGGUAGUUUAUCUCCUUUACGGGUAGUGAGGGACCCAAGAAAGAAAGCUAAUAAUGAAGGUGAUGAAGGUCAUGACCCUGUUUCAGAGGAUUCCUCAAUGACACCUCAACUCACCCCUUCCACCAGCGACACCCUGCAGCUCCCCAGACGCAAUCUGAGACUGGGUCUGUUGUACACAGGGACUAUCGCCGUAUAACCUAACCUUUCUUAGCUCCCAAACAUCCGAAAUAAAACCUUUAACAAGGCGAAGCAAAGAACCAAAUUUAUCCUCCCACAGCUCACUACCCAAUAUGAAAAGCACUGAAGUGCAAACCCUCGGCGAACUGUGACCCACAAUCGAGCUUGCCGAAAGCAUGACUGAAUUGGCUUUCCUUGGGUCCCUUUUAGGGAUGCCUAGUAUCUUUGAUCCAAUGUUUCCUGCUACAUAUGCUACCUUCUUUGGUUCUUAUCCUUCGUGGAUGAAUGUUGGAACACAAGGAAGUGAACCCAAAGUUAUGGAAAAGAAUUCUGAAGAUUCCGGCGAUGUAUUUGUUUCUCCGAUGAUAUCGAAUUUGGUGAAUAUCCCGACCUUCAAAGCAGAAGACCAAGCAGAGCCCAAAGAAUGUAAAACGAAAGAAGUGAAGACUCAUGUUACUCCCACACCACAAAAGCUAAAGAGAAUUCGUGUUUUUGACCUCUCCAAUUCUCUAAGGGAGAUCAAAGAAGUGCAGAUUAAAACCAUUACAUCACAAACAUUCCAACGGAUUUUGACAGCUGAAAAAGUCUCUCUUCUUCGGGGGACGAGUGAGAAGAGGAUAUCAGUCAUUAUUAAUUUGGUUUGUCAAUUCGGUGGUAGUUAUGCCAGUGCAUUGCUUGACUUUAUUGUGGAUGACUUCAGGGCUAACUUUGAUCUUGCCAUUGCCUGGUUGUUUGCUGAGUAUGCUUUGACUGAGAACUACUGCCUGAGUAGACGGGAAGCUUGGUCUUAUGAAACAUGUCUGACACUACUCUUAAAUGGAGCAUGUGAAAGACUAGAAUCAAGAGAUAGAUUAUUCACUCGACUAAUACUGGAGGCACCGAAAAUUACACCGUCAGUCAUGGACAACAUCAAGUCUUAUUGUUGCACUGAGGAGAAGGCAUUUUUAGGAAUCAAUACACUGAAGGAGCUUAUUCUCAAAAGACCACAUGGUCCCCACGGUACUGAGGAUUUUUUGCAAAUGCUGCUGGAAAUAACCUUAGGCAGUGUGGAAUUGGCCAGGGUGCAAGCUCUUCAUGUCACCAAAAAGCUGUAUGCCAAGUCAGAGCUGUCUGCAAAGAUAGAGCGGUUUGCUCUGCAGUCCCUCCAGUAUCUACUGUCAGACUUUCCUCCAUUUCAAGAUGACACUGGGGACAUGGAAAUAGCCACUGAAUGGACGGAAGAGAGUGUAAAUCUGUGUCUACAAUUAUUUGUAUCACUCCUGCCCCUCAACCACAAACUUUUAAAAGACCUUGCAAUGAUCUACACAAGUACAACACCUUCUGUUAAGAGAAUUGUCCUAAAGCACAUCGACAAACCUGUGCGUACAAUUGGAAUGGAAUCUCCAGAACUCCUGCAUUUGGUGGAAAAUUGCCCUGUUGGAGCAGAGACACUUAUCAUGAGGAUACUUUACAUUCUAACUGAAAAUUGUCCUCCAUCUGGUGGGUUGGUUGAGAGAGUGAGGGAGCUUUACAAACAUAAUCCAUCAGAUGUUCGCUUUCUUAUUCCUGUUUUGCAUGGACUCCAUAAGAACGAGGUUUUGGCUGCACUUCCAUACUUCAUUAAACUCAGCCCCAACUUAGUUAGGGGUGUUUUUGAUCGACUGCUGCUCUCUUUCAGGGGGGACCAUGGACAUAGUAUUAGCCCCGUCACCCCAUCAGAACUAUUAGUAGCUCUUCACAACAUUGACUGUUCUAAUGAUGAAGCUCUUAUGAAAUCAGCUAUAAAAGCAACAAAUAUAUGUUUUUCUGAGAAGAGCAUAUACACACAGGAAGUUUUAGCAGUUGUAUUACAGCAACUACUAGAUCACACCCCAAUUCCUGUGCUAUUCAUGCGAACAGUGAUCCAAUCUCUUGCUGCUCAUCCUAAAUUGGUCAGCUUUGUAAUGACAAUUCUCAAUAGGCUAAUAAGUAGGCAGGUUUGGAAAAUGCCAACUGUUUGGCAAGGAUUUCUAAGGUGCUGUGAGCUUACAAAACCCCAUUCUCUAACGAUUCUUCUCCAACUACCCCAGAAACAGCUCAUUGGCAUUGUACAGGUUGACCCUGGACUACAGAAAGAACUUGUGGAACAUAUUGAACUUUAUCCCCACACGAAAAUGACCCUCCCUAGUGCAAUAUUGCAAAGCCUUGGACUCCAUCCAACAGGUGAAAGUGACAUAAAGAAGAAGAGAAAGGACUCCUCUACCAAGAAACGGCGACACUCUAGCAAAAGCAAUAGCCAGGAUAAAGAGAGUUUUAAUUAAUUAUUCCCUAUUAUUUUUUCCUUCAGUUUUACAUGCAAAAGCUGUAUGCAUCACAGAUAGCUUAGCAACAAGGUGUAGGUUACCUUAAAUGGCGUGUUCAUAUAAGCUUGGGGCUUUUCUCACACAUGCACUUUGCUAACUCGCUUUCAACUCUCAAGCUAGUCAUUAUGAAUUAGCGGUGCUAUGUAUUUGCUAGUACACCAGUCAUCAUGCACCAACUGACAUAAUAUCUAUUCCCAAUGUAAUUUAUGCAUGUUCCAUCAGUC